AUGAAGUCCUUCUACUUGCUCACGUGUAUGGCACUAGCUGCCUCUGCUGCCCCUCUCAAUCCCGCUACUUCACAAGCAGAUGGCCUUGAUAUCAAUGCUGGAGGCGGAGGUGUUGGCGUCGAGGCCAAACGGGAGGUUGCCAAUUCAGCCGCAGAGGAUCUCGAUAUCUUGGGUAUCCUCAAUCUUCGGAAGCGCGAAAAUCAGGAUCUUGUUGACGAACUUGCUGCCUUACUGCGUGAACUUGAUGUCAGAAAGGCGAAGCGCAGCCCUGAAGAAGACCUCGGAAUCGAUCUCGGAGGCAUCGGCCUGAACCUUGCCAAGCGGGCGAGCCCAGACACUGUUGAGGACGUUGCUGCCACACUGCAGGACUUUGCUGUCAAGAAGGCGGAGCGCAGCGACGAUAUUGAUAUCGAUCUUCUAGGCAACAGCAGUAUUGGUGUAAAACGCGACAGCAAUGAUUCCAUCGGCGACAUUGUUAAGGAGCUUGAAGAUAUUGUCAAAAGCCUAGAGUAG